AUGUUGUGGUAUGAUGGGUGUGUGGGUAAACUUCGACAGAUGGGAAUUCCAUUAGCGUACAUCAGGUGGAUAAAAGCUUGGCUAGAAAAUAGAGAGGGGUACAUUGAAAUCAAUGAUAAAAAGUCUAUGUGGUUCAGUAUUGGAAAGGGUGGCCCUCAAGGCGGAAUUUUGACACCGACGGUUUUUAUUACAUAUCAUGCUGAUAUGCCAGAUUUUCUUUCUUGGUGUUCUUCACACUUCUUUGCUGAUGACUUGACUGCGAUAUUAGCUGGUCAAAUUGGUGUAAAAUAUACACAACAAUGUUUAGAUCUUGAGAAAAAACUCAAAUUAUUUUUCGAUCAACUUGAAUACUAUUCUCGUCUUACAGUUCAACCUAUAAAUUAUUCUAAAACAGAAGGAAUUCUAGGAAAACGAAGUGCUAGAGCUAUAGGUUCAGCGCCAUUUGAAAUUGAAUCAGGAGAAAAUAAAAUAAAUUGGAUUAAAGAAUUUAAAUAUCUUGGAUAUUGGAUAAGUUCAAAACUAGGAUGGAGUAAAAUGAUUAAAAAAUCGAUGUUAAAGAUUAGAUAG